GAACAUACUAUGAAUUUAAAUACGAAAACUUUGGAACAAUUGAUUUUGGUUUGUACUUGGAAAUGGAUGCCUUGAUCAACGAGGACUUAUCGGAAGGAUUCCUAGGUAGCUUCCUUUCAAAUAAUCUGAAGACCACUCAGCUGGAAGUGAAUACUGAUUUGCAAACAUCACGAGCGAUAGCUCGUCUGAAGGAGCCACGCAAUCUGUUUGCCUUGCCAAAAGAUAAGGACAAUGAGUGUUCACAGCAGACCGCCCGAUGGCCUGCCGAAUGUCAAGUUCUGGACGAUCGAGUCUAUCACAUUGCAUAUGUUCCACCAGCACCUGAGCCGUACUAUAAAUUCACCGGCCAAGAAAUCCAACCACGGCCAGUUGGCGAAGAAAAUGGUGCAGUCGUUUUUUACUAUAAUCCAAUAAGUGCCGUAAAUUAUAAUUCAUUAGACGAAUGUCAAGAGAAUGUGCCAGCAAAAAAAUCACGUCGUCAUCGUCGGCGUACACGUUCCGAUGAUAGCUCAAAUAGUUCAUCAGACGGUGAGUGCUUGUCGGACGAUUCUUGCGAAAAAAACGAUGAUGCACUCCCUGAUUAUGAAAACGGUAAGCAUACAUGCGAGCUAAACAGUGAAGAUAUGCUGAACAUCGAUGUACUGGCCAAUUCAUCGUCGACUAUGACGACGGCGACGACGACGACGACGAUGGCUACACCACCACAUUUUGAUUGCAAUGCCAAUAAAACACUCAAUAAAAUCAAUAGAGAAAGCAAAAGUGUCAGCGGCACCAACUUGUCACCAUCGACACAAAUUGAUAACAAUAUGGCACCUGCACCGACACUGGCACUGUUAAAUACCAAACAUAAUUCCAAAAACACUAGCAACAACAAUAAUAAUAAUAUCAACAUUUCAUAUUAUAAAUCAUUUGGGGAUUGUCUUAAUAUGACACAGUUUAGCCGCUCGUGUGUUGGAAGCUCCAAGUAUUUGAUGAACGCACAUCUGAAUGUCGUGUCUGAUGAUGAUUUAGUGUUCGAGUCACGCUUCGAAUCCGGCAAUCUAGCAAAAGCCAUAAAAAUUACGCCCGUUUACUAUGAAUUAUACUUGCGACCAGAUUUAUACACCAACAGGCAUAUGCAAUGGUUCUAUUUUCGUGUCACCAAUGUGAAGAAGGGUAUCACGUACAGAUUAUCGAUCGUGAAUUUAGUGAAAUCGGGUAGUUUGUACAAUGAAGGAAUGCGGCCGCUCAUGUACUCGGAAAUCGAUGCAAAAGAAUCAAAAAUCGGUUGGCGACGUUGUGGAGAGAAUAUUGCAUACUUUAAGAAUGAAGACAGCUCUCCAACAAACGACGACGACGAUGAAAAUAGCACAUAUACCCUAACAUUCAAUAUUGAAUUUCCACAUGAAAACGAUACCGUUUAUUUUGCACAUAGUUAUCCGUACACUUAUAGCGACCUACAGGACUAUCUAAUGUCAAUACAAAAACAUCCGAUAAAAUCAAAAUUCUGCAAACUGAGGCUUCUUUGUCGAUCACUUGCUGGCAAUAAUGUUUACUGUUUAACCGUAACAGCACCUGUUGCAGACGAUGACUCAACAAAGAAAAAACGUGCCAUUGUCGUCUCGGCACGUGUUCAUCCGGGGGAGACACCAGCCAGUUGGAUGAUGAAAGGGCUUAUGGAUUUUCUGACGGGUGAUUCGUUAAUCGCAAAAAAACUUCGUCAUAAAUUUAUAUUCAAAUUAAUUCCGAUGCUAAAUCCGGAUGGGGUCGUUGUGGGAAAUACACGGUCAAGUUUAACGGGAAAAGAUCUCAAUCGACAAUAUCGUACCGUUAUACGUGAAACAUAUCCAUCAAUUUGGUAUACAAAAACAAUGAUCAAAAGACUGACCGAAGAAUUGGGUGUUAGCUUGUAUUGCGACAUGCACGCUCACUCACGCAAACACAAUAUCUUUAUCUAUGGCUGUGAAAAUAAGCGCGAUCCGGACAAAAAACUUGCCGAACAAGUAUUUCCAUUAAUGUUACACAAAAAUGUAGCUGACAAGUUCUCGUUCGAAAGUUGCAAGUUCAAAGUUCAACGAAAUAAAGAAGGAACGGGUCGGAUCGUUGUAUGGAUGCUUGGCGUUACAAAUAGCUAUACGAUGGAGGCAAGUUUUGGCGGAUCGAGUCUUGGCAGUCGGGCAAUGACGCAUUUUUCAACAGCCGACUUUGAACAAAUUGGCCGAGCAUUUUGUGAGACGCUCUUGGAUUUUUCGGAUGAAAACCCAAACAAAGAAAAACUUCGCAUGAAAAUUUUAAGCAGGUUAAAUGAGGAAGGGUCAAAUGCUGACGAACCGUUGAAUAUACCGCUAUCGGAUUACUCAAGUGAUGAGGGCGAUACGAGCAAUAGCAGUUGCUCUGAAAAUGAAUUAAAUAUUCUGAACAGCGACGAAGAAGGGUUUAUUUGUUGUCAACCAGUGCCAUUAGUUCCACCAUCAUCGCCUGUAUCGCCGUCUAAAAAUAGGCUCAAUAAAAGGUUACAACGGACGAAGGGAAAAAUGACCGGUCGACCGACGAUAUCAACGCUAAAAAAGUCACAUAAAUAUCAUCGUUCAGCUAUCGAUUUACCGACGGCUGAACCAUAUUUGGAAUGCACUAGUGAUUGUGAAGAUUAUAUUGAUAGUCGCAUGACCUCGGCCAAAAAUAGCUUUCGAAUGCAAAUAAAAACUGGGCAACGCUCACAAAUUAACGAAAAACCAAUGACCAACGAAUUGGUCAUUAUGUCUACGCAAAGAUCGGACUCAAACACUGAAUCGCCGGAUGCGUCGAAAAUAGUAUCCGAAAUCAAAGAGAAAUUCAAUACCAUUGCCGUAUCCCAGUUGCCAGCUAUCAAAGGAUCAAAACGGCACAGCACUUGGCAAAAUAUGAAAAAAGUUAGUAAUGUAGACUAUCAACAAACGGUUGAGAAUUUGAAAGUUAAAUUAUCGCUGAAAAAACAAGUUUGGAGCGGUAUGUCGAACUCAUACGAUUCAAAUCAGCUAACCGAGACUAAUAAUUAUCAGCCGUUAUCGUGGGGCAUAUCGGUUGUGAAUAAUAAAAAAAAGCAACCAAAACUAGAUGCCAAUGAGGAACUAUUUGUCGAAUGUAGUCAAAAAUUAAUGAUAUGGAAACAAGACGAGAACAAACGAAAAAAACGCGAUAAACGAAAAAAUGUGAAAAUCAGCAACAUUCCAAAAAUUAUCGUAACCAGCGAAAAAUCAUCAAAUAUUGAUUAUUUGAAAAAAUCCAGAAAGAAAAAACUACCCGCACUGAAUCGUUCAACGUCCGAAUCGCCCGAAAGCACAUUUACACAAAACGCAAACGUUAAACCGAAAGCAAUCGUUCGCUCCAACACCGAGAUUAUUCAAUCGAAAUCGAAAAGCACAUCGAAUAAAACGCACCAUAAAUUUAAAACGGGUGGCAUUGUUGCUACGACAGCGGUAUGCUUGAAACCGGUGAAAAAAUUAAAAAAAUUAUCCGAUUUUACAAAAGCGGACUAUGUCACAAAUAAAACGAGUUUGGGACCGACCGAUUCACCGAUAUGUGGAAAAAUGACGCUGAAGAAAAUCAAAACAAAGUUCAAAAAGAAGAGAAAUGAUGACGAACUUUUAUCCUCACAACAAUCGAUACAAUCAACCGACUGAAUAUGGUGAAUAAUCUGAUUUUGCUCUCAUCUCUCCAUCACCUGAUGUCAACUAUUUGAAUAUCGUUUUUUUUUUCUAUUUGAACAAACAACAAAAAAACUAUCUGAAAUGAAUUGAUAUUGUUCGUGAAUGAGUUAUUAUUUAUGGUUGUCACUCAAACACGAAACACUUGUUUAUUGUCAUAUUGUUCAUUUGUUAUCUUCAUCGCUUGUAUUUCUGUGAUUCAUAAAUAAAGUUAGAGAUAAAUUGGUAGCGUAAAUGCCAAAUAAAAAAAUCAA